UUCUCGGAAUGUUUACAAAAAUGGCGUCCUCGAAACAAAAUGUGAUUUUGAACAAUCACGAAUAAUUCAAAAUUGUUUUGCAAAGGCAAAUAGACUGAAUCUUCUUUUAAAGUAUUUAAAGCAAUUAUAAACAUGCAUGGUUGAAAAUUGCAUUAUAUAAAAUUAUAAAUGGUUUUGCAGAUGUGAAAAUUUGAAGAGAAAUUACUUAUUUUUUACAAUGUUUACUUUUUGGAAAAUGUCAUGCCAUAUGCUGCAUUGUUAUGCGUAACAGAUCAUAAAAACUGCCAAAUCACCCAAAACUAGUGGAGAUUAAUAUGAGAUCAAAUGGUCAUAUUUCAUUUACAAGAUUUGUACAUGUACACAAUUUACAAAGGUGAUGAGUAUCUUAAUUUAGUGAAAUGAUUCUGAAAUAGAGUUCAACAGGAGUACAGGAAAUAUUUUCAAUGUCACGACAAGUUUUACCACCAGCAGGUCACCCCACUGGGACGGCACCCCAGCAAACCGCUGAGGUAUUAGAAAAUCGACUCACCGCCGCUGAGGAUGAAACCAGUAUUUUACUUGAACAAUUAAAUGGACUUGGAUUUAGUAAAACUUCAGCAGAUAUUAAUUCAUCAAAUAUGAAAGUUCCUGUGUCCCCUUACAAGGUCAGGAUGGCCAGUAAUGAUGUUCUGAAAGAUAAUUAUGAAGCACUAGUGUCUAGGGUGUGUAAAAUGGAAAGUACAGUGCAGACUAUGAAGUUAAACUUGCUGAACAUUCAGGGUGAAAAUCAUUUAAAAGGGAAGUCGAAUGAUGAAUUUGAAUAUAGAAUGAAUGUGUUAAAACAAACUUACGAACAGACAAUUUCAAAAUACAAACGAGAGAUGGAACAGAUGAAGGAAGAUUUGUUACAGGAAAAUGAGGAGAAAAAUAAAUUAAAAAGCAAUAUUAAAGAUUUAAAGUCAGCUUUAGAAGAUUCUUCGACGACAAGGGCAGAAGCAACUGUUACAGCAGAUGAAUUGUCUUUAACCAAACAGAAAAUGCAGAGAAGGAUAAAUGAAUUAAAAGAAGAGUGUGAUAGAGAGAAGAGCCUUAGGAAAAGUCUAGAGGAGUCACAUAAUACAUUAAUGGAACGAGUUAGAGACAUGGAGACUCUAGUGGAGUCAGAGAGAAAGGAGGUUAAAUCUUUAUCCAUGGACUGCCAAAGUUUACGUAAUGAUGCAUUGAACGUGAGGGAGGAGCUAAAACUGACCCAGGCUCAAAGAGAUUCUAUAGAAAGUGAUUAUAACGAAUCUUAUGAAGAAAUGGAGAGAAUGAAAAGAAAUUUUGAGACAAUGGAUUCCGAUCGACAAGUUUUGAUGAAAGAACUGGAUAGAUUACGGAGACAGUAUGAUGACCUCAUUAAACAACUAGAACAAACUCAAGUUAUUGUAGAUCAGCAGAAGGAAAUGUUGUUGAUUGACAAAGUCACAUUAGCCAAUCAGAACAAUGAAUUGAAGACAACUAACAAAGACUUAAAGGAACAGAAUGAACAUCUAACCAAGCUUACGACGUGUGUUCAGAGUGAAACGGAACACAUUAAAUCAUUACAUAAAAAAGAACUAGAGGCAGAGAGAAGCAGAGUUGGAGAGAAAGAAAGAAUAGAAGAAGAGGCAUUGCAAUAUAAGAUCAAAACAAAGGAACUAACAUCUGAACGGGAAUCAUUGGAAAAAAGAUUACGACAUGUUGAGCAGGAGUAUACAAGUCUAAAUAAAAAGUUUGUUGCCAAGGACGACGAGUAUUGUCAAGCUGCUUCAGGACUGGAAAAAGAGUUGAACUCACUCAGACAUCAGCUACAGGUCGUAAAGAAAGAAAAAGAGAGGGCUGUCAAAGAUAAAGACCACUUACUAGAUGAGGUGAAUCAGACUGUUGAUUCUAUGAUAGAAGAACGGUCAAAACUUCAGGGGGAAGCACAACAACUAAAAAUAGAACUAGACUCACAGAAAAAACUCAGGAAGUCUCUGGAACAUGAAAAUGCCACACUCAUGGAAAGGGUAUCAGGGUUCGAAGGUCAACAGGAAACACAGAGUAAAAUAGAGAAAACCAUGAUGGAAAUGAUGGACCAGAAGAACAAAUUAGCCUACGACAACGGUAGUCUACAGACACAGGUCACACAUCUCACAGCAGAGGUCGACAAACUCAAAAAUGCUCAGAAUGAGGCUACAAAACUUAAACAUAUCAAUGAUGGUCUACAGAAUAGAUAUGAUAAGACACAGAAAGAGAUGAGUGAUUUAAAAAUAAAGGUUCAGCGACUCGAUAGUCAGUUACGACAGAAACAUGGAAGUUACGAGACGAAAGAAAAGGAUUAUAAUGAGUUACAGAAACAGAGAGAUGAAGCUGUAAAGGAGAGAGAUACUUUAAUACUACAGAUACAAGAUAUGGAGGACAAAGAUCACUCCAAGAUCAAUGGUUUACAAAGAAAUUUAGAAGACGCUAAAGCUGUGAACAAAGAAAUCGCCUCUACACUAGAAGCUGUGAUGUCAUCACAUUCACAUUUACAAACUGUUGUUGAAGAACUACAGACAGAACUCGGUAAAAAAGAUUCCACGAUCACAGCCAUUAAAAAUCAGAAAUCUUCUGCUCAACAGGAAUGGAAAUUUGAAAUGAAGCAGUUUGAGGAGAGAAUGGAGAAUUUACGGGGAGAAUUGAAAAAAGAAAGGGAUAAAUCAUUGAAGAAAAAUAGUCGAGAUAUUGCUGAGGUGCGGAAACAAAAUGAUAAUUUAUCUACACGCAAUAUGGAAUUAGUAAAAGCUAACACAGAACUACGACAUAAGAUGACAGAGAAUGAGAGUCAGACUAAGGACCUUAAAGACAAAAUCAGGGACCAGAAAAAGAGGCUGGAAUAUCUACACAAAUCAAAAAAGGACUUGGAAGAAAAUUCUGAAAAAGUCAGGGAAUUAAAAUGUGAAAUAGAAGACUUAGAAAACCUUAGAGACGAAUAUGUAAAAAGAAAUACAGAUCAGGGUGAAAUGAUAAACACUUUUAUGAACCAGAUUGCCUCUCUUCAGGUGGAGCUUCGACAACUGGCACAAAACCAGGCCGAGACAAAUUUAUUGAUUCAACAACGAGAGGUGGAACUGGAGAAAGAACGGACAGUAUCUCAUGAAAAUAAACGCAAAUAUGAACAUACGGUGAAACAGAAAGACGAUAUUGACAGAAUGAGACGAGAGACAGAAAAUAGGUUAAAAGAAGCACAGGAUGAAUCGUCAGAGAUCUCUGUACAUUUACAAGAUGCCCACGACUGGUUUAGAAACAAGUUUGAAAAACUACAGAAUGAGUUGGUCACUUCUAAAAGAAAGCAGGAAGAUUUAGUACAAGAUACAGAAGACCAGAAAAGAAAAGCAGACGAAGAGAAGUUAAAGGCACAUGCUGCUGUAGAAAAGGCUAAAGCCAUGAUCAGGGAGGUUGACAAAAGGAGAAAUAAUAUGAAUAGCCGAGAGAGUAUAAGUCGUCUUGCUGACUAUGCCAAUGUGGCUGACAAUGAGACCAAACACCAGCUACAGAAACUACAACAUCAAUUACAGAAAGAGAAGGACCAUAAUAAAUAUCUAGAGAUGAAACAUGGAGCUUAUAAAGAAGCAAGUGUUCGACAAAUGGAAUGUUUACUUAAAGAAUUUAAUCAGUGAUAUUCAGAAACAAUGCAUUCUACUGGACUACUAACAUAGUGCUUUAAUACUAUUGGUUAAAAAUCAGGUUGAAUGAUGAACUUUGACCUUGUGACCUCAGUAAUGAAUUAUGUACAUCAUCAUCUUAAUUGUGAGAUUUACAAAAUAGAAAUUUAAAAUCUUAUCUACAAGACUUUUUUUUACUGCAAACAUUUUGUUUUUCAAAGGAAACUGUUUCAGAAUUUAAUGAAUGUUGUAAAUUAAAUCAGUUUAUUUUAUAAAACUGCUGCCAUAUAAUAAAGAUACACCUGCCAGACUAUUAUGAUAUUGAUAAUUUUAAAUAUAUUAUUAAAAAUAUUGUGUGUGCCUGUGUAUUGACAU